UGGUGGGUGGUAGAUGUGUACUGUAAAGUAAAAGGAGCAGACCAUAUAGGACGAGACAGAGAUAGAGAGAGGUCGCUGAAAAACGUGGCAGCCGAACUCUCACAUUUUCUUAAUUUCUUCCACUAUCGUCAUCUUAUGAGCUUUCUUUAAACAAAUUCCUUCAUCAGUAGGCUUGAUUAUCAUUUUCUCUUCAAAAACCCUUCUUCCAUAUUCCUGUUCUGUUCUAAGGCAACAAUCCAGCUUUGUUACUUUCUGAUUCUUUCGUUUAGAAUUGUGUACUUGUUUCAAUGGCACAAGGUCCGGUGAACCCAGAAGAACAGGUUGUUAUUGCAGAAGAAGUAAACCAUGUGAGAUUGAUCACCUUGAAUCGACCUCGUCAACUGAAUGUCAUCUCAGUUGAUGUGGUUUCUCUGCUAGCUAAGUAUCUAGAGAAUUGGGAGAACGAUGAUGAUGCAGAACUUAUCCUAAUCAAGGGAGCUGGACGAGCUUUUUCUGCUGGUGGGGAUUUAAAAAUGUUCUAUGAUGGGAGGAAGAUAGAGGAUUCCUGCCUAGAGGUUGCAUAUAGAAUGUAUUGGCUGUGUUAUCACCAUCACACCUAUAAGAAAACCCAGGUGGCUCUUGUCAAUGGAAUAUGCAUGGGUGGAGGUGCAUCUCUUAUGGUUCCAAUGAAAUUCUCAGUUGUCACAGAAAAGACUGUUUUUGCCAUGCCUGAAGCUAGUAUUGGGUUUCACACAGACUGCAGCUUCACGUACAUUCUUCCACGUCUCCCUGGGUAUUUGGGGGAUUACUUGGCCUUAACAGGUGCUAGACUGAACGGGAAGGAAUUAAUCGCACUUGGUCUGGCAACCCACUUUGUCCCUUCUGAGAAAUUGCCUGAUCUUGAGAAUCGUUUGAUUAGCUUGAACUCUGGUGACAAGAAUUCUGUUAAAUCAGUCAUUGAAGAAUUCUCGGUUGAUGUUCAACCUGAUGAAGAUAGUAUCUUACACAAGCAGUCAAUAAUUGACAAGUGCUUCUGUAAGGAGUCUGUGGAGGAAAUUAUAAAAUCAUUUGGAACUGAGGGAAGCGUUGAGGGAAAUGAAUGGAUAGUUCCAGUGGUCAAGGGUUUGAAAAGAUCUUCUCCCAUAGGAUUGAAGAUAACAUUGAGAUCAAUUCGAGAGGGAAGGAAGCAAACUUUGCCUGAGUGUCUGAAGCGGGAAUUCAGACUCACAGUCAACAUACUGAGAGCCAAAAUCUCUGGUGAUGUUUAUGAGGGUAUCAGAGCUCUAACCGUUGACAAAGAUAAUUACCCAAAGUGGGACCCACCAACUCUUGAUGAAGUGGAUGGUGAGAAAGUGGACGCAGUCUUCCAGCCAUUUAAAGAAGAGCUUGAGCUCCAGAUUCCAGCCAACGAAGAAUGCAGGUGGGACGGAAAGUAUGAGAAUACAGACUACCCAAGCUUAAAGGCAACAGCUUAACCCAAAUAAUUAAAUUUUCAGCAGCCAUGAGUUUCCCAUAUUAUCAUUCCUUGUGUAUUUUACAUUUUGCCAAUAUUCUAGUUUAGUAUAUAUUACAAUCCAUGGUGGUUUUGCAUGUCUUUCCUUGUUUUCAUCAUUAGUAAUAAAACUCUUCUUGUUA